UUUUUCCUUCUGAUUCCUCUAUAAAAAAAAAUGAGGGGUGUGAAUGUCAGAAGCGGAGGAGGGGAGGGGGAGCAGAGUGAGAGAGAGACAGAGAGAGGGAGAGAGAGGGAGUCAGAGCUCACACAAUCAGUGAGCGUGAGAGGGAGAGUGAGGGAACGAGGGAGGAAAGAAAGGAGAGAGAGCGAGGGAGAGUGAGAGAAGGGGGUUUAAAAGCAAUUCAGUCUGGCGAGGUGCAGCUGAAGCUGGAUAUUGAGAGCUGGAAGGAGCUGGAAAGAAGAAAGGACCACACAGGCAGAAGGUACAGGAGAUGGCAAAGCCACCACACAUUCCGCUUGACCAGCGUGGUACCAGAACCUGGGCACUUUCCUCUAUAGUAGGAUAGGCAUUAUUUGUCUCUGUUUUUCUGCUGGGGCUUUUGCAUUCGCACCAAGGGGCCAGUAUGAAGAGCACGGGCCCACUAAGCCAGCCCGGGAUUGUUCUGCUACUGGUCACGUGUCCACUGCUGAACAUUCUGCAAGGAGUUACCUGUAAGGCUGAGAGUGGACACCUUGGAGACACGGAUCCAGACAGGUGUAUGAGACACCAUUUCGUCGAGACCAUCACGCAUCCCAUCUACAAAUGCAAUUCCAAGAUGGUCCUCCUGGCUCGCUGUGAGGGUCACUGCAGCCACACUUCCCGCUCAGACCCUCUCAUCUCCUUCAGCUCCGUCCUCAAGCAGCCGUUUAAAAGCACAUGCUUUUGUUGCCGCCCGCACACCUCCAAACUGAAAGCGGUGCGCCUACGCUGCUCUGGCGGGACCCGAAUAACUGCUACCUACCGCUACAUCCUCGCGUGCAGCUGCGAGGAAUGCAACUGAAUGGGUUCGCAGAGG